AUUCAAACACGAUUACCAGGAUUUUGAAAAGCUGGAUAAAUUUUUCAUUUGAUUCUGUUCGCAUUUCGCAGAAACACACGUUAAUUACCUAGACUUUGUUUGUCAGGUCUAAUUUUAUCAAGGUGACUCAGCUUAACGGACAAGCGCUUAUUUGAGAUAUGGCUGUUUUGUCGUUGUUUGACCCCUUAAUACUAGAACAUAUCAACUGUUCUGAGUUGAUCAAGAAACAUGUAGUCCAUAUAAACUUUCAGAGUCCUAAAACGAUUCCGAAAAUACGGCCUCUAUUAUCAUCUGAUUAUGAUUAUCUUGCUUUAUUAAAACAGUUAACCGUAGUUGGGAAGAUAGAACAGAGAGAAUUUGAUGAAAGAUUUUCUUUGAUGGCCUCUUGCUUGGAUACAUAUUUCAUUGUAGUUUUAGAAGAUGCUACAACAAGUAGAAUCAUUGGAGCAGCAACUCUCUUCAUAGAGUUAAAGUUCAUUCACCAAUGUUCGAAGCGUGGUCAUAUUGAGGAUGUUAUAGUCGAUUCAAGAUAUCGCGGGAUGAAUUUUGGAAGAUUCGUCACAUGAUUUUAAAACCUGUAGAUAAAACCUCCGUUCUAUACAUUAUAAUACUGAUUUUCUCUAACCCUUCUCAUAAUCAUACUUUUUAACAAUUGAUUUCUGAUAGCACCGAUUAGAUCUCAUUAUAAGUUGAGUAAACCGUUAAUUUAAAUGUUUAAUAAAAAUCAACGGGAAUAAAUAUGCAGAGAAUGUGAUUGACCCCUGUAUUGUUUAUAAGUCUUAAGGUUACGGCCACCCAACUUGUUUUGUAUUUUUCUGUUCAGUCAAAAUUUACCAACCGUUUUAGACUGCUCACACAAUUUAGAAAGUAUCUUUUCGAGGGUCUCAGCCUUCAUACUAGUUUUUUCUGUCUGUAAUAAAUUGCAAGUACUGUCACAUAUCUUGUAUAUCAAUCUGAUCUUAAUAUACUUACUGACAAUACAAAAUGAAUACUCGAAAAUUUAAAUUGCAUUAAAAUAUUUCGCUGGAGUAGAAAGGUGAAACAAACCCACUAAAAGUACAGACAUUCUCAAAAUAUUUAUAUUUUAAAACAUGUUGAGGAAUUCAAAAAGGGA